UCGCACACAGAAGCGCUUAAUGAGGUCAUUUCAGUAUUAGAGGUUCUCUGGGGCAAGGUUCCGCACAACGACAGAGAAGGGGGCGUGACGUAACGGCAGGAAGGGAAGGGAAUGAAUGGGUCCCGGAAGGCUCUCCGUCCGCGGGCGGGGCUCUUCCGGCGCCGAGUCCGCGUCCGCUUCUUCCUCACGGGGUCAAGUGCAGAUAGAAGGGAGCGUCUCGCACCGCGAGGCUGAGCCGUUACAGGCCCGAGGAGGCCCCAGUUCCAAAGGCAGAGCAAGGCUGGACUGGCAAUUCCCUCUUAAACCUUUAGCUUAAGGCGCUCUCCUUGGCGCCCAAGAUGGCGGCCCGGGGGCGGGGGCGGGGUCGGUCACGUGGCAACCGCAAGCCCUGACGUGGAGCUCUCUCCCGCCUGCUCCGCGGCCUACCCGGCGUGUCCCUCUCGGCACGCCGUCAGCGUUUCCUUCUCCCCCGUCCUCCUGCCCCAAUGGCGGCGCCCAGCGGCAGCCCCUGGGCCUCCCUGCUCCUGCUCCUGGCGGCGGCGGCGGCGGCGGCGGGCGGCAACGACGGCGACCGUGCCGUGGAGUUUGACGUGCGGCCCGGCGGGGUGGUGCACUCCUUCUCGCAGAGCCACGCGCAGGCGGGAGGGCACACCUGCACAUUCACAUAUGCUGCUCAAGGUGGGACUAAUGAGCAAUGGCAAAUGAGCCUGGACCUCAGCGAUGACAGCCGACUCCUCACCUGCGUCAUUUGGAGGCCUCAGGGAAAAUCUUAUUUGUUCUUUACUCAAUUUAAGGCAGAAGUGCAGGGAGCGGAGGUCGAAUAUGGCAUGGCUUAUUCUAAAGCUUCAACUGGAAAAGAUGCAGAUGUUCCCCUGAAACCUGAAGAAUUUGAAGUGACCAGCACUGCAGUGAUCCACAGGCAAGGAGCAUUCCGAUCUGAACUGUCCAAAAUUGUGUUAGUGGCUAGAACGGGCCACAUUGAACUGUGAUCCAAAGCUUCCUCUGAAAUUUGUCUUGUUUUGUCUCUGCUGAAGUGACCAGAGGGGACAAUCAUAUCCUGGUUUCCUAGGGGGUUUUUCAUGGUUUGCCAACAGAUUUAUACGUUGCUGUGCUUGGGGUGUUGAGGCCAGUACUCUGCAGUUGUCAGAGGGAAUGAGGCUCGGAGGCCUUUCUUUUAGGCAAGCAGGGCUGGUCCAGAUCCUCGGCCUGUUCCCAGACAGCCUGUCCCUGCUUUUCCUUCCAUACCUCAUGGUACUACAGUUCCAAACGAGACUCCUUUGAUACUUCCUCAUAAAGGGAAGUCAGGAAGUAGGGCUAAAGCAAGCAGUCCUAGGGGCCUCAGAGUCACCUCAGCAUCGCAGAAGCAGACUUGCCUUCCUGCCCAGAUGGGUGCCUCUGUCCAGGGGGCAUAGCCCUUUGUGUGCCCAGACAAGGGGAAGCCUAUCCUCUGCUGCCCCGUGCCCAGGACCAAAACCAUCGGUGUGAGGAAGGGGAAGGGCAGCUUGACUCUGACACACACAGAAAUCCAGCCAACUUGUUCGGUGUCUCAGUACAAUUUCAGGACUAUUUUCCUACGUCUACCCCAUUUAUUUCCUUAUAGAUUGACUGUGAAGGGCAUUCAACAUUCUUUCAUGUCUAAAUAAAUGAGGGGAGCAGGGCAGGGUUUAAAAACUC